AUGGGGCUACCUUGUCCGGCGAGGAGUGGGCUGCUUUGCCCGAUUGUUGAAGAUCAUUUUCUUCCGGAUUUCCUCUUGAAGUCCGGUUGGCACGCAUAUUUUUGGAUAGCAUUCAUUCCCUUCAUUCUUUUACUUGCUGUUGGCACUAAGUUGCAGCAUGUGAUCACACAGUUGGCUCACGAGGUCGCUGAAAAGCAUGUAGCAAUUGAAGGGUUUAGGGUAGUCCAACCUUCUGAUGAUCACUUCUGGUUCCGCAGGCAAAUCGGUCUACUUCUUAUUCAUAUCAUCCUACUCCAAAAUUCUUUUGAAUUGGCAUGUUUCUUUUGGAUACAGGUGCAAUAUCAUUUUGACUCUAGCAUCAUGGGAGAAGUAGGUUACGUUAUUCCUAGACUCUUCAUUCUUAAAUAGGGUAUCUUUCAGUUUCUCAGCAGUUACAGUACUCUGCCACUCUAUGCAAUCGUCACAGAGAUGGGGAGUAGCUUCAAAAAGGCAAUAAUUGAAGAACAUGUUCAAGAGGGCAUUGCCGUUUGGGCUCGACGGGCAAAGAGUUAG